AUGGUUGACGCUCCUGCUCGGCCUUGCAGCCGCAGCCGGCAUGCUUCAAGUUCGCGGCCAGCGCGCCCUAGCGUCGAAGGUUUCAUAAGCAUCGACUGUGGCCUGGACGAGAAGACCAGCUACGUGAACGUCAUCCAGAUACCGUACACUUCGGACGCCGGCUUCACAGACGCCGGUUCCAACCACAACACCUCCGCCAAGUACUGGACCACGCGCAUGUCCCAAACCGACCGCAACGUCCGCAGCUUCCCCGACGCGGUCCGCAGCUGCUACACCCUGCCGUCCCUCGUUCCGGGGUCCAAAUACCUGGUCCGUGCCACGCUCAGGUACGGCGACUACGACGGACUCAACAACCUCCCUAUCUUCGACCUCUACCUCGGCGUCAACUUCUGGCAGACCGUGAACGUCACUGAAGUCAACAUGGCGGUGAUUGCCGAGGUGAUCGCCGUGAUCCCGGACGACUCGGUGCAGGUUUGCCUGGUGAAUGUCGGCUCCGGGACGCCGUUUAUCUCGGCGCUGGUGCUGAGGCCUCUCGAGAACUCGUUGUAUCCGCCAGCGAACGCGACCCAGGGGCUAGUCCUGAUCGACAGAUACAGCUUCGGCGACACGGGAAAAGUACCUAUUAGUUACCCGGACGAUCCAUACGACCGGAAUUGGCUGCCGUUUAGCUAUCCAGAGGAGUGGUCCGACAUCUCAACAACGGAGAAGGUAAAGGACAACAUCGGCAAUCUCAUCCUCCACGCGCCGUCAGUCGUGAUGCAAACUGCCAUCACAUCGCGCAAAGACUCCGAUUCAAAGACCAUCCAGUUGGCAUGGGACAUCAAGCCGAACCACGUGUACCCAGUGCCCGGGUGCAUUGCUAUCUUGUAUGCCGCGGAGCUGGAGAUCCUGGCCAGUGAUGAUGUUCGCGAGUAUGAUCUCAUUAUCAACGACAAGAGGACCAAGGUCCCGUACAGGCCCAAAUACCUCAUCGCUGCCGCCCUAUACAACAACGAACCCCACCACGGUUUCAGCCAGUACAGCUUCACUGUCAUCGCCACAGCGAACUCCACACUACCACCGAUGAUCAAUGCCUUCGAGUUUUUCUCUGUCAUCUCGACUGCCAACGUUGGAACAGACAGUCAGGAUGUUUCUGCCAUCAACAAAAUCAAGGUUAAAUACCAGGUGAAUAAGAAUUGGAUGGGUGACCCAUGUGCUCCGAAGAAUUUUUCAUGGAACGGGUUGACCUGCAGCUAUCCUACCUCUGGGCGUCCAAGAAUCACAAGCAGAAAUAUGUCAAAUGGCGGUUUGAGUGGCGAUAUAUCUUCUUUCUUUGCUGAUAUCAAAGACCUCCCGUAUUUGGAUUUAUCAUACAAUAACUUAACAGGAUCAAUUCCUAACGCGCUUUCACAACUACCCUCUCUCGUCGUGCUAGAUUUGACGGGCAACCAGCUUAAUGGAUCAAUUCCAGCCGGGCUACUCAAGAGAACUCAAGAUGGCUCCCUAGCUGUUAGAUAUGGAAACAAUCCAAACCUUUGUAGCGACAAUGGUUCUUGCCAGACAAAGAAGAACAACUAUAUGCUUGCCGUCUAUAUUGGUGUUCCCAUAUUUGUUGUUCUUUUGAUAGGAGCCCUUGUACUACUACUGAUGUUCAGAGUGAGAAAGAAGAAAGGAUUGGCAAGGGGAAGCCAUGGACAUGGACGCCAACAAAUGGAGAACCGCCAGUUCACGUACAAACAGCUGAAGGUCAUAACAGACAACUUCAAGGUAGUGCUUGGCCAAGGUGGGUUUGGAACUGUUUAUGACGGUUUCUUGCAUGAUGGUACUCACGUGGCAGUCAAGUUGUUGUCUCAGUCCUCCAAUCAGGGUAUCGAAGAGUUCAUGACAGAGGCUCAAACACUAACAAAGAUUCAUCACAAGAAUCUUGUUUCCUUGAUUGGUUACUGUAAAGAGGAAAAGUAUUUGGCACUUGUCUAUGAGCAUAUGUCUGAAGGAAACCUCGAAGAUAAACUUAGAGGGAAAAACUGCACGGAUGUAUCCUUAACAUGGAGACAAAGGCUCCGCAUUGCACUGGAAUCCGCACAAGGACUCGGGUAUCUACACAAGGCAUGCAGCCCUCCCUUUGUGCAUCGUGAUGUGAAGACAUCAAACAUCCUACUAAAUGCAAAUCUUGAGGCCAAAGUUGCCGACUUUGGCUUGAUGAAGGCUUUCAAUCAUGACAAUGAUACCCAUAUAUCCACGGUCCGGGUGAUUGGCACAAGAGGCUACCUAGCACCUGAGUAUGCAACAGCUCUACAACUGAAUGAAAAGAGCGACGUGUAUAGCUUCGGCAUUGUGCUACUGGAGGUGAUCACAGGACACCCAGCCAUCCAACAAUUUGAAGAGGUCGUCCAUAUUGUUCAAUGGGCACGACUACGCCUUACGGGAGGCAACAUCGAGGAAGUGGUGGACACACGCAUGCAAGCUGAUUACAACAUCAACGGUGUGUGGAAGGCCGUGGAUCUCGCGCUGAAGUGCGCCGAGCAUGCUCCGGGGCAGCGUCCCACGAUGACUGAUGUGGUGGCCCAGUUACAACAUUGCCUUGAGCUAGAGGGUGAAGACCACACCAACGAUAAUAAUGCUAAUAGUGGCUUCUACAUGAAGGACGACAACGGGGACCGUGGUUUGCUUAUGUGA